AUGGACUCCUACGUGAUUCAGACUGAUGACAAUGGCAGCCUGCCUUCAGUUCUGGAUGUGCAUGUCAAUAUUGGUGGGAGAAGCUCAGUGCAGGGGAAAAUGAAAGGCAGGAGGGCCAGAUGGAAUGUGAAGCCCUCUGACAUGUCCAAUAAGACUUUUAAUCCCAUCCGGGCCAUUGUGGACAACAUGAAGGUGAAGCCCAAUCCAAACAAAACUGUGAUUUCGCUGUCAAUUGGGGACCCUACUGUGUUUGGAAACCUGCCUACAGACCCUGAAGUUACCCAAGCCAUGAAAGAUGCCCUGGACUCUGGGAAAUACAAUGGCUAUGCCCCAUCCAUUGGUUACCUAUCCAGUCGGGAGGAGGUCGCUUCCUAUUACCACUGUGCUGAGGCUCCCCUGGAAGCUAAGGAUGUCAUUCUGACAAGUGGCUGCAGUCAGGCUAUUGAGCUCUGUUUAGCUGUGUUGGUCAACCCAGGGCAAAACAUCCUUGUUCCAAGACCGGGCUUUUCCCUCUAUAGGACUUUGGCUGAAUCUAUGGGAAUUGAAGUCAAGCUCUACAAUCUAUUGCCUGAGAAGUCUUGGGAAAUUGACCUGAAGCAAAUGGAAUCUCUGAUUGAUGAAAAAACAGCUUGCCUUAUUGUCAACAACCCAUCAAAUCCCUGUGGUUCCGUGUUCAGUAAGAAGCACCUUCAGAAGAUACUGGCAGUGGCUGAAAGGCAAUGUAUCCCCAUCUUAGCUGAUGAGAUCUAUGGUGACAUGGUGUUUUCAGAUCACAAAUAUGAACCACUUGCCACCCUCAGCACCAAUGUCCCCAUACUGUCCUGUGGUGGGCUGGCCAAGCGCUGGCUGGUUCCUGGUUGGCGGUUGGGCUGGAUUCUUAUCCAUGAUCGAAGAGACAUUUUUGGCAAUGAGAUUCGAGAUGGAUUGGUGAAGCUGAGUCAGCGGAUCCUGGGACCAUGCACCAUCGUCCAAGGAGCUCUGAAGAGCAUCCUUCAGCGUACCCCUCAAGAGUUCUACCACGACACUUUAAGCUUCCUUAAGUCCAAUGCAGACCUCUGCUAUGGGGCAUUGGCUGCUAUUCCUGGACUCCAGCCAGUCCGCCCUUCUGGAGCCAUGUACCUUAUGGUUGGAAUUGAGAUGGACCAUUUCCCAGAAUUUGAGAAUGAUGUGGAGUUCACAGAACGGUUAGUUGCGGAGCAGUCUGUCCACUGCCUCCCAGCAACGUGCUUUGAGUACCCAAAUUUCUUCCGAGUUGUCAUCACGGUCCCCAAGGUGAUGAUGCUGGAGGCUUGUAGCCGGAUCCAGGAGUUCUGUGAACAGUACUACCACUGUGCUGAAGGCAGCCAGGAGGAGUGUGACAAAUAA